UUAAUGAAUGAAUGAAUGAAUAACUAUUCCAGUUGAAGGAAAAUUCUAAACUCUUACCCAUCAUUUUCUACGAAAGGAAUGGGAAAAGUCAUAGAAAUGGACCAUUACAUUUUCCUCAAACAAAAAAAAAAAGGACCAUUACAUACGCACGGUCUAUAAUCUAUAGAUGACUAUAUCUUACAAAGAAAAACCUCAAGGAAUGAACGACCAUGGACUCGAAAAUUUUCGCGUUCAUGAAGCCGAAGCUUCACCCCCUCGUAUUAUUAUUUUCACUCUACUUGUGUAUAAUAUUCUUGGUUGAAGAACAAACCUCCGUUGUAGGUGAUGAUGGUGUAACUACAAAAAUUGGUGCAAUACUCGACUUGGAUUCUCGUAUGGGUAAAGAACAGAGAAUAGCCAUUGAAAUCGCGGUUGAAAAUGCUAAGAUUUCUGUUCAUUUCAUAGAUCACAACCAAAGGCCGCUUCAAACUGCUUUUGAAGCUGAAGCACUAAUCAAGGAGAAGAAAGUGGAAGUUAUAAUAGUAGGCAUAGAAGAUUGGCAAACUACAACACUAGUAGCAAAAAUUGGAAGUCUAGCUCAAGUACCAGUUCUCUCACUUGCUGCAUCACCUCCUAUCACCUCACCAUUCGCGUCACGCCAAUGGCCAUUCCUAGUCCAAAUGUCUCAUAACGCGAUUCAACAAGUCCAAACCAUAGCAUCCAUCAUUCAGAGCUACCUUUGGCGUAGGGUCAUUGUUGUGUAUGAAGACGACGUUUCCACGAGUUGUGGUAAUUGUGGCAAAAUCUCUCUUCUCACUACAUCCCUCCAAAACAUCGGAUCUCAAAUCGAACACCACCUUGUUCUUCCACCACUUGGAUCAACUACCAAUCCUAGAGGUACUAUAAGCGAAGAAUUAUUGAAGUUUGCCAAUGGAAGAUAUUAUUCAAGGGUUUUCAUUGUUCUUAGAGUAUCACUUCCUUAUGUUAGCCUUUUGUUUGAGGAAGCAAAAGGGAAUGGACUAAUGAGGGAUGACUCGGCUUGGAUACUUUCGGAAGAUAUUACUAAUUUUCUUCCCUCUUUGGACUACCCUACCAUGUUAAAUAUGGAAGGUGCUAUAGGAAUUAUGGCCAAGUUUGAUAACUCUACAAAGGGUUUUGAAGUAUUUGAUGCAAAAUUUGGGUUCAAAUUUCUUCAAGCAUAUGAAAAAGAACGAUAUUAUGAACCAAGUUUUCAAGCUCUAAUUGCAUAUGAUGCUAUCACAACCAUUAUCAAGGCUAAGCAAAGCCUUAGUAACAACAUUGGUGAUCAUAUUGUUACAUCUAAGAGCUUCCUCCAAGAAAUUUUACAAAGUAAUUUUACAGGGUUAAGUGGUAAAGUUAUCUUCGACCAAAAGCAUCAUGAUCUAGGAGUGAGUACUAGCACUAGACUAGUGAACAUUGCUAGUUCAAAUUACAGAGAAGUAUUGGAUUUUAGUAGUGAUGAUAUUGAAGAUGAGGAUACCGCGAAAACACUAGCAAAUGUAAUAAAAUGGCCAGGGAACUUGACCGGUGCCAUUCCAAAGGGAUGGGCGAUGCCAACAAACGCAAAACCAAUUAGAAUUGGAGUUCCAAUUUCUCAUAAUUACAAUAACUACAUCAAUUAUACAGGGAGUAGAGCUCUUGAUGGCGAUUUUUGUUUAACAAGACACGUUCCGAAUUCAGUCCAUAAUAAAGAUUUCAAAGGCUAUAGUGUUCAUCUUUUCAAAGAGGUUCUACAACACUUGGAUUAUAGACUGCCUUAUGUGUUCAUUCCUUACAAUGGCUCAUUUGAUAAUCUUAUUGGACUUGUGCAUAACAAGUGUUUUGAUGCUGCAAUUGGUGAUAUAACAAUAUUAGGAAGGCGAAUGGAGCUUGUAGAUUUCACUCUUCCAUAUAAAGAAUCAGGAUUAUCCAUUAUUCGGCCUGCAUCCAAAUCUUACAAUUCUCACGGUCCAUGGAUAUUUUUGAAGCCCUUCACAACAAAAAUGUGGAUUGUAACGUUCUUCAUAUUCGUGUACAAUAUGAUUAUCAUAUGGGCUUUGGAGCAUGGAAGUAACUCGGAGUUCAGAGGAACAUGGAGAAAUCAGCUCGGUGCAACAGCUUGGUUUACCAUCAAUUCUCUCUACUUUGCUCUAACGGAGACAAUUUCCUCCAAACUAGCAAGAGUGGUGGUGAUAAUGUGGUUUUUCAUGAUAAUGAUAUUAACCUCAAGUUAUAUUGCCAAUCUCACUUCCAUGAUCACCAACGAUCGACUCAAUCGAACAUCAAUCGACGUUGAGAUGCUUCAAAGAACCAAUGCUAAAGUUGGUUAUGAUAAAUCAUCAUUUGUAAACACAUUUUUGGAAGAUCUUCUUAAGUUUAAUUCUACAAACAUAAUUCCCAUGGAACCAAAGUUUGAGGAUAGUCACAUGGAAUUGAAAGCAAGAAAUAUUUCAGCAGCAUGCCUAGAGUACCCUUAUGCACAGCUCUUUGUCACAAAGUAUUGCAAUAAAUACAUCAUGACUAAUCCAAUCCACAGAUUUGGCGGCUUCGGAUUUGUUUUUCCCAAGGGUUCUCCAAUUACAGAUGAUGUUUCUAAGGCUAUACUAAAGCUAACAGAGCUUGAUCGUCUCAAACAUUUGGAGAAAAGGUACUUAAAUAUAAAUAGGGAUUGCACCAGUAAUGCCGAAGACUCUAACAACAGUAAUAAUGGACAACAAAGCAGUUUAAGCUUAGAAAGCUUUCAAGUUCUCUUCUACGUUUCAGGAGCAGCAACUAGUAUUUGUUUAUUAGCAUCUUUUAUUCCCUUGUCCAGAAAAUUCUGUAAAAAGCUGGCAACUCGAGUAAUAGGUCCUAGUAAUAAUUAAUUUAAGUUUGAUAAAGGAUUUUUUUGGCAAUUACCACUAACAGUUGGUGUUUUAGUUUUUAUGACCUACAAUUUUAUUUUUCAUGUUUUACCACCUACUAUUUUUGAAAAUUAAUAAUUUCCCACCAGAUUGCCCAAAGCCUCCUAC